UGCCUACUUACAAAAUCUUAAAUUUUUUAGUGGAAGGAACAAGCAGUGGUGCUCUUCAGCUUUUUGUUGAUGCUGGGGUUCCUGUGAAUUCAGACAUGGUUAGCCAUCUUGUGAAUGAAGCUCUUGCUGAGACCAUAGCUGUCAUGCUGGGUGACAGAGAAGCAAAGAAGCAAGAUCCUGUUGCUACAAGUGUUUCUGGUGAUAUUUCAACAAAUGAAACAUACUUGCCGGCACGAGUGUGUACCCCAGUGGCUACCCCACAGCCUACUCCUCCUCGCUCACCUUCAUCACUUUCUGAGGAGCGCGUGUUAGUAAAAACUCCAGAUUCUUCUCCCUGUGUUUCAGAUAAUAAUGUGGCUUUUCCUGUGAAAGAAAUUUUGCUGAAAAGGUAG